UUAAAUUGGUCCUACAAACUUUACGAUAUGCGUUGCCACGACUGCAACAGUUAUCCCUCAGUGACAAAAUUCUCUAACGAGAAGACAAACCAACUUCUGCCAACUCUGCAUCUUCUUCAAUCUGGGUUUGUUCCAAUGGAAGAACUAGGCGGUGACACACCUGAGAUUUAUGACUGCGAGAUCAGACUGAGGGUGAAUCCUCAAAGGCGAAAGGAAAAGGUUUACAUAGGUUGUGGUGCUGGGUUUGGAGGUGAUCGACCAAUAGCAGCUUUAAAACUACUUCAGAGGGCGAAAGAGUUGGAUUAUUUAGUGCUGGAAUGCCUAGCCGAGCGCACCCUUGCUGAGCGCUAUCAGGCGAUGAAGUCUGGUGGCAAGGGCUAUGAUCCCCGUAUCUCAGAGUGGAUGGAACUGCUCUUACCUUUGGUUGUGGAGAAUGGAGUUUGCAUUAUUACAAACAUGGGUGCGAAUGAUCCGUUUGGUGCCCGGGAUGAAGUCUUACAACUUGCAAGUGGACUAGGCAUUUCCAUAACUGUUGGUGUGGCUCAUCAAGUUGCUGUUGUCAGAUCAGAUUUGGAGGAGCACCUUAGACAUGUUGAUGAUGUUAGUGUGUAUCUAGGAGCAGCUCCUAUCGUUGAAUGUCUUCAGAAAUUCAGACCAAAUGUCAUUAUUACUUCUCGAGUUGCUGAUGCUUCCUUAUUUUUGGCCCCAAUGGUAUAUGAGCUCGGUUGGAAUUGGGAUGAGUUGCAACUACUUGCCCAAGGUUCACUGGCUGGCCACCUGCUAGAAUGUGGUUGUCAACUUACUGGAGGAUACUAUAUGCAUCCAGGAGAUAAAUACCGUGAUAUAUCUUUACAAGAUCUCCUCGAUUUGUCUCUUCCUUUUGUGGAAGUCAGUUUUGAUGGGCGAGUAUGCGUAGAAAAGGCAGAAAACAGUGGUGGGAUUCUGAAUCCCAGCACGUGUGCCGAGCAACUUCUGUAUGAAGUGGGGGAUCCUAGUAGCUACAUAACCCCUGAUGUGGUUGUAGAUUUUCAAGAUGUUUCAUUUCAGACAUUAUCAAGCAGUAAAGUCCUCUGUGCUGGGGCAAAGCCAUCUGCAUCAGCUCCUAAUAAACUGUUGCUACUGGCCUCCAAGGACAAGGGGUGGAAAGGCUGGGGAGAGAUAUCCUAUGGUGGUUAUCAGUGUGUUAAACGUGCUAAAGCUGCUGAAUUUUUGGUAAGAUCAUGGAUGGAAGAAGUAUGUCCUGGAACAAACAAAAACUUAGUUUCCUAUAUCAUUGGACUGGAUAGCCUGAAGGCUGCCAGCAUAGAUGAAGAUUUGCCUAGGGAUAUUCAAGAUAUCAGAUUACGAAUGGAUGGUUUAUUUGAGAAGGAGGAACACGCAAUCCACUUCACAAAAGAGUUCAUAGCAUUAUAUACAAAUGGACCUGCUGGUGGUGGCGGUAUCAGCACUGGACACAAAAAAGAGAUCAUUCUUGAGAAGGCAUUGGUAAAACGUAAAGAUGUUCAGUGGCAUAUUACAGCAACAAGAAACAAAAUAAUGCAAUCAGAUGAUAUGGCUAGUCCUAAGGACAUAAUGCAGACCAGUUCUUUCCAUGAUUCGGUCUUGCGAUCUAUUCCAACAGAAACUGCUUUGAACAAAAAAGAAGGUGCACCACAAAUUCAGCUGUCCCCUGCUCCACAUGACAGGAAGAUUCCUCUCUAUGAUGUCGCACAUAGCAGAGCUGGUGAUAAAGGGGAUGAUCUAAACUUUUCCCUUAUCCCAUAUUUUCCUCCAGAUAUUGAAAGGCUAAAGAAGAUUGUUACUCAAGAAUGGGUAAAGAAAGUUGUCGCAAGGCUUCUUAAUCCCUCUUCCUUCCCCACUUCUGAUGAUAUUGAAAGAAGAGACAAAUGGGUUCAUGAACAUGUUAAGGUGGAGAUUUAUGAAGUCAGAGGGAUCCAUUCCUUGAAUAUUGUGGUUCGUAAUAUUCUAGAUGAAGGUGUGAACUGCUCAAGAAGAAUCGAUAGGCAUGGAAAGACUCUAUCCGAUCUUAUAUUGUGCCAGAAAGUGGUGUUGCCUCUGUGAUAUGAAGAGAGGCAUAUAAACUCCAUUUUCUUUAUCCAGGGAGGUGGUAGUGACAGUGGGGGCUGUGGACAAUUUGGAGUAUAUCAGACUUUGGAGACUUGGCUUAAGAUAAAAUUGUUUUAGUGCCGAUAUAUGUUCAUGGAAACAAUUAGUCUGAACUCUUAUUGUGAAUAAGAUUUCUGUUAUAAAGUUUUUAACUCUUAUGUAAAAGCAAUGAACUAGUCUGCUCUUGUUGAAGUAGUUUCUAUUCUAGCAACAAAUGUCAAAGUUACAGAAUCAGUGUUUGUUAGUGCACAGCUUGCUAAUGGUAGGUUGAACGUUGCACAGUAGUCACAUGGUUGAUCUGCAUACUAAUACAUUCCACUAAUUGUCGAAAUCAGUGAUAAACGCAUCAAAUAAUCACGUCUGCAUGAACAGCUAUACAAAACUAAUUAAGCACUUUUCUGAGAUUUAAGCUAUUUCUGGUAGCAUGAACUAAUUUAACUGGUGGAUCAGUUUUACGCAGAUGGGAGGUUUGCUUGUUCAGGUACAGGACAGUGAAAGAAGUGCCCAUAUAUUCUAUAAAACCAAGGUACAUAUUUCUAUUCAAGUUAGCAUCCAUCUUACUAUAUUUCCACUCUUCUGUACAUGCCUUUCGGUUGUACUGAUAACACAUAACUGUGCAUGAUAUAUGCUUAGUAAAGUAGGUGGAAUUUCAACUACUGAUAGCAGUUUUUAUGUAGACAAAAUGAUAUUAAGCUGAAAUCAUUGCUGUAGGAGCUUUAAAUCCAACAGGAAGACAAGUAAUGAAGUAAACUGUGACCUUAUGCUUGAUCCUUCGAAAGAUUAAAGCACUUUCUCCUCUCCAAUGGACAACUGCUAGUAUAAAUUUCUUCUUCAUGCAAGUUUUCUCUUUACUUAUUGGCAUUUCUGUUGCAGUCUCUUCUCUGUUUUCUCCAUCUUCCACUGAAUCUCCCCAGUGAAGUGGAUAGCUCCUCAAGAAAACUCUUCUGUUGUUGUAGUCUUCGUUCCGAAAACUUCUUGAUCUUGCACCAUUUUCCUUUGAUAUUGUAGCAUCCAUGAGCCAAGAUGUUACUAAAUCUUGUGCAGACUCUGCUUCUUAUAAUAUUUAAGAGUCUGUUUAUGUGUAUCAGAAAGAAAGAAACGACAAGAUUACACUUAGAAAAAUGAGAUGGGGAAUAAUUUAAUGACCAGGUUUGGUGU